AUGCACCACCACAGCACCUCCCUAAACAUCACCAUCGCCGAACACAACACAUCGCUCAACGUCAACUUCUUCCAUUCGAUCCCUGCCGGUGCAGCGUCAAAGCGCCUCGCAAUGCCUUUGUCCCGCGCAGACAGGCUAUUGGGCCUGCUCAGCCAUGACAUCCUCGCCCUACCCAAGGCUCCCUCACCGCCCGUCGACUCUGAACCUCACUUUGCCAACCAGGAAGCACAGCCGUCCACCGAGUGCCAAGCCCAAGCCUCACCCGAGCCCAGCUCGUUCGCCGACACCAAAGCCCCUGCUGAGAACAUCUCGGCUUUGGCAGACGCCCUCUCUCUCGACGACCGCUCGCCCUCGCCCGACGGUUCCGACAGCUCCCACGAGCCGGACCCCUACGACGACUCGCCGGCUACGAACCUGUACCGCGGCGACCUUGCGCCUUGGGGCGAGGCCUACGUCUCCAUCCUGGUGGCCAGCAAGUUUCCCUACAAGUUCUUGAACCGCGCCUACUCCGAUCCCGUCGCCAAGAAGUUCUUCGACCGCAAUCAGUUUUGGGAAAGACACUGGGAGCUGUACUACGUCUGGCCUCCUGCCGACGUUGCGAGCAAGCCACUCAUUCUCAUCACCCUCACACAGUUUCAGCUUCUGAUCCACGAGAUCAACCAGUACAAGCGAAACCUCGACUUCAAGCUAACUGACUACCAUCGUGACUGCGGUCUUAUCCUCGACAUCCCCCACCCGGCCUUCACUCCGCGUUUCCUUGGUUACUCUUACUCUCGUGACGAUUUCAACGACAUGGAGCAGCGCAGGGUGCCCCCCGCCACCUACAAGGCUCCGGGUGAGCCCGCCCGCCUUCCCGUAGCCGACAAGCCCACUCUCGAGGCCUACAAGGCCAUGAUCGAAGACGCCAUCCAGCUCAACAAAGCCAAGAGCAAGGCCGCCAGGGCAAAGCGCAAAGAACAGCGCAUCACUCUGCAGCAGAACUGGGGCCGCUCGCUCAAGAGAACUCAGCGCUACCUGGGCCUCCGUCCUGACAGGACCGACAGCUCCAAGCGUCUUGAGGAUCCGUCGCUCAACUGGGCUGAGCUUCAAGCUGCGGAAGCCGCCCACUACAAGAUACCGCCUAUCGAGUGCGAGAAGCCCGCUCCGUUCAACUUCGACAAGAAUGUCAUCUUCAUUAGCGUUGACAUUGAGGCGUUUGAGUUCGACAAUAACAAGAUUACCGAGGUUGGCGUUGCUAUCCUUGACGUGCUGGACAUCGUGGACAUUCCUCCCGGCAGAAACGGCGAAAAUUGGUUUAGCAAGAUCAGGGCUCGGCAUUUCCGUAUCCACGAGCAUGCUCACUUGGAAAACCGCCGCCACGUCGCCGGCUGCGCCGAUGGCUUCGAGUUUGGCAAGAGUGAAUUCGUGCGCCUGGCCGAAGCUCCGUCGGUCGUUGCGUCAUGCUUCAGGCCCCCGUACUCUGCCAAGCUGACACCGGCAGAGGCUCAACGACUGUGGUCCACCGACGGCUCCUCGGACCCGCUGCUUGAUCCGUCCAUUGUCAACGCCGAUGGGAAGCGCAACCUCAUCCUGAUCGGCCACGAUCCCAACCAGGACAUCAAGUACCUCCAGAAGCUCGGUUACAACCCACUGAACCUCUCCAACCUAGUCGAGGUCCUCGACACCAAGUUGUUACACCAGCAUUGGAAGCGUGAUCCCAACGGCACCUCCCUCGGCAGAAUCCUGGCCGACCUCGACAUCAUCGGCUGGAAGCUCCACAACGGCGGCAACGACGCCGUCUACACGCUACAAGCCCUGCUCGCUCUCGGCUUGCGCGAGGCCACGUCCCGCGGCAGCCAGCAGGUCGAAGAACAGCGCAAACAAGACCACGAAAAGCGCAUGGCCGACGCCCUCGCCGAAACCACCUCCCGCAUCAACGACGAAGCCGACGGCUGGAGCAGCCCCGGCGAAAGCGAAGCCGACGCCGACGCCGACGGCGGUGGAGCCGGCAGCAACGGCAACGGCAGCAGCAGCGGCAGCCCCUCCGUCGCACCCACCGGCAGCAGCCACACCGACAACCCCCUCGACGCCAGCAGCGACCGCAUCUUCGUCGGCAACCUGCCCUACCGCGCCACGCCCGACGACGUCGCCGCCUUCUUCGCCAAGCACGGCGCCGUCGCGGACGUGCACCUGCCCGUCAACCACGUCACGGGCGCCGCAAAGGGCUUCGGCUACGUCAGCUUCCGCUCGCCGGCCGAGGCCCGGCACGCGCUCCAGAAGAGCAAAGGCGUCGAGUUCUGGAGCCGCGCCAUCCGCGUGGACAUGGCGCCGCCGCGCGAGAAGAAGAAGGGCGACGGCCGCGGCAGCAACGCCGGCGGUAGCAACAGCAACGGCAACAGCAACAACAGCAGCGAUGGUGCUGGCGCUGGGGCUGCUGCUCGUCGCAGCCAGAGGUCUAGCCGCGGCGGCACGCCGCCUGUUUCGCGCCCUGGAGGCACACCCGUCCGCAUCACGGAUCCUGCGGCCCGGGCGGCGUCGUCGUCGCUGCAGAAUAAUACUAGGCGUCAGGGCGGUGGCAAGGCUCCUUCUUCUGAGGGUGCUGGGCGUCGUGAUGGUGACGGCGGUGGCGGUGGCAGCGGCGGUGCUGGUGUUGGUGGUGGUGGCGGUGCUGGUGUUGGUGGUGGUGGCGGUGCUGGUGUUGGUGGUGGUGGCGGUGCUGGUGUCGUGGAUCACCUCACCGGCGCGACGAAGAAUUAUACGAAGCAGGAUCUGCCGAAUGAUUGGUGGUGA